UAGUUUCGUCAAACUGCGUUUCGCUUGUUUUUGAUGAAAAUGGGCCUAAGUGACUAUCGCCCAGAGAAGUUUCGCUAGACUACAAGUAUGUAUAUAUUAUAGUAUAUAUACUAUAGUAUGUAGUCUGUGACUACAAGGCCGAUUCAGCGGCUUACGUUGGGGAAUAAACAUGUUUUAUCUAAUACCCCCAUGGACAACGAGCAAGCUUUAAUUACAGGCGUACCGCCACUGGUUAUUUUCGUGCUGUUUAAUAUUUUAAUAAAUGCUAGACGAAUUCUCCGCAGAACAGUUUUGUACUCGGGCGAAUCAGGCUGUUCAGCUGCGAAAAAAUGUCGUAUUCUUUAUCAUUAGACCGAUUUGUCGGAAAAGUCGCUGUAGUGACUGGAGCCUCCUCAGGAAUUGGCAAAACCAUAGUGGAAGGAUUGGUGAAGUACGGAGUAACUGUUGCAGGCUUGGCCAGAAGAGUGGAGCGAAUUGAAGCCCAUGCCAAAGAACUGGCUGGAGCCAAAGGUAUUAGUGUGUAUCCUGCGAGCAAAUUUGCGCUCAGAGCCCUAACUGAGUCGGUCAGAUUGGAAAUCAACCGGGAGAAACUGCCCAUAAAAAUCACUAGUAUUAGUCCUGGAGCCGUCGACACUGAGUUCAACCAAGCAGCGUUUCCAGCGGAACAACUGAAGAAACUAGCCCAUGUAAACUCGUCGCAGAAAUUAAUAUCAACGGAAGAUGUGGCCGAUUCAGCUUUUUACGUUUUAGCGACUCCAGAACACGUUAAUGUUAAGGAGCUCAUUAUAGUCCCUCAUGGCGCUAUUUAUUAGUUAUUUUUUUAAUCUCUGAUGAUCUUGUAAAAUUGUUAAAAGAGUUUCAAUAACAAACGCACUGCUUUUCUAUGUA